CCCAUCGACUUCCUCUCCCGGUACGAUAAUUGCCAGCCGAUAUAUCAUCAAAAGGACACUUAGCAGGCCGCCAAACGCCAUUUGCCUGUUGCAUCCGCGAUGAAGUUCGCCAAUGCCGCCCUCGCUCUGCUGUCCGUCGGCUUAGUCCCAGCCUCGGCAAGGACCAUCCCCGUCGAGAGGGACCAGAGCAUCAUCUCCGCCGAUGACAACCUGAAGAUUCCCGGCGACUCGCCCCUCGAACUAUGCCCGGGCACUCACGACAGCGACAUUAUCCACAUCGAGAGCGUUGACCUUGUGCCGAACCCUCCCGAAGCUGGCAAGGACCUUGUGAUCAAGGCCGUCGGAACCGUACACAAGACGAUCGAGGAAGGCGCCUACGUCCUGCUGCAGGUCAAGUACGGCUUAAUUCGCCUCAUCAGCACCAAGGCCGACCUCUGCGAGCAGGUCGGGAACGUCGACCUCAAGUGUCCCAUUGAGAAGGGCGUCCUGUCUCUGACGAAAUCCGUCAGCCUCCCGGCCGAGAUCCCUCCCGGCAAGUACACCGUCACGGCCGACGCCUACACCGUGGAUGACGAGCCUAUCACCUGCUUGACUGCAACUGUAGAAUUCUCCCGGGGUGGAAGGGCUUUGGGCUUCCUUGGUGUUGAACUGUAGUUGUUGGACGAGGCGGGAUGAUUUGCUGCAAUUUUUCUCUCCCAUACAUCACAGAUAGCACACGGGCUGAUGGUAGCAUUUCCUUUUUUUU